UGCUACUAGCUGAUUUAUAAUCUUUUAAAUGUUUAAAAAAUGUGUUAGCACAGUAUCCGUAAAAGUAAGGGCCGGCCCGCACUAAUUCAUAACUUGACGAAUGUAAUAAACCUAAAAUAUACGUUGUGUAAAGCUCUUUCUAUGCCCUCUCGGAGCGGUAGUCGGCGGCCGGGUUCGCGUACGUCAUAAGAAAUGCUAUCUUGUUUUAUAGUAGCGAGCAUGAGAAUGGAAGUUGUGACUUAUGUUUUCGUUUUAUAUUUACACGUUUAACGCACAAAAAGACACUCAUUAAAAGCCGGAGUUCGUGUAUAGUAGCACUGUCUAGACGCAGACAUUGUGCUAUCGCUUAAUGAUAGGGCUAUCGAGACAGUCAUGUCUAGUACAUCACGAGUUCGAUCACAAGUGGUGGCACUACUGAAUAAGAUGGAGCCCAUUGGCCAUAUUAAAUCAUGGUUCAAGACGAAGAACGGCACUCCACGCCAGCCAACGAUAUGCUCACUAUCUAGAGGAGUGCUCAACAUUGACAAAUCAGUUUUCAACAACCCGGAACAUUCGUUAGCGGGCAUCGAAGAAUUUUCACACAUAUGGAUCAUCUUCGUUUUCGAUCGCAAUGACGGGCGCCACCUGCGGGCGAAGGUAAAGCCACCACGGCUCAACGGGAAGCGCGUCGGCGUCUUUGCCACUCGCUCGCCCCACCGUCCCAACCCCAUCGGGCUGACGCUAGCAAAGCUCGACCGAGUCGAGGGCGCCACGCUGCACCUGUCCGGAUUAGACAUCCUGGACGGCACGACGGUGCUGGACGUGAAACCCUACGUUCCCGAAUACGACCGACCGGGAAGCGUCCCCGAAUCGCGGCGCGACAACGGCGCCGGCGACGACAAACCGCGCGACAACGCCCUCCCGGCGAACUCGGACGCCGCCGCCGAUCCGCGGCCGGAAGCCCAGCAGGUGGCGCUGGGAAAGGAAGUCGUGCGGCGCGUGCAGUGGAAGUCGCCGGUCGUCGACUCCGAGUGCAGUCAGUCGAUCGAGGCGAGCGACAUCCUCGACCACAGCUGCUCGUUCGACAGCCACACGAUCGUCGUGCACGCGACGCCCGGCGACGCCCGGCAACGCGCGGCAACGGCGGAAGACGGAGAAGGCGCCACCGACGCGGCGUCGCCGGAGGAGCGCUCGCCGGAGGGCGCCCCUGCGAACCGUAGCCGAGGACGCGACGACCGCGGGAGCGAUGAGGAAACGCGCGUCUCGAACCGCGGGGGCGUCGACGAUGGCGGCGGGUCCCCGCCUUCGCGCACGGACGCGCACGUACGAGACACUGGGACGACGCCGGUGGAGGGAACAUUGGUGAGCGCCCGCGAGGCUUCAGUCGCCGAUGCGACGGGGGACGCUACGCAGGAAACGCAGCCGAGAAAUCUCGCGGCAAUGACCGCGACGACGUCAACGACGAUGACGAUGGCAGCGAUGACGACGGCGCAGGUCGCCGACUGGCUGGCUGACCCUCCCGUGCGGCCGCUGCGCGUGCGCUUCACGGAGCGAGCGCGGGAGCAGCUGCUGCGGUACUUCUCCCCCGGAGCGCUCGGCUCCUCCUCCUCCUCCCUCCUCCGGCACCUACGCUCGCACGAGGAGCUGCGGGCGUCCAUCGCCGAGAUCCUGUCGGCCGACCCGCGCUCCGUCUACCGGCGGCAGAAGUGCUCCGACCGGCUGUACUACCUCACCGUCGAUGCCGCCCACGUCACGUGCUGGUUCGACGACGACGGCAGCGUCGAGGUCAUCAAGGUGCGGCCCGACGGCGAGGUGUCAGGCGGCGCCACCUAGCGAGGGGUUGCGGCGGCGGAGAGCGCCACCUAGCGAGGGGUUGCGGCGGCGGAGAGCGCCACCUAGUGAUGGGUCGCGACGGCAAUUCUUGGCGCAGCGGCCGAAAGCGGACGGCGUCUGCGCCGCCACCACCGUGUCGCCAACCGAGGUGCAGGUGGUGCCCACCUGGCAGACUAUGACCUACGCGAUUUGUCGAGCGAGUGGAGAGUGGAUGGCGUUCGUGAUUGGUUGUAGACGUUCGCGGGUGUGGCUGGGGUGUGAAGCAAUUGUGAUUCGUGAUGCCACCUGGUGGGCGAUCGUGUAAAUAACGAGCUGAUUCAGACGGAACUUGCAGCACACGUGCACGACGAUGGUUUGUGCAUGUCCGUGUUUUAAUACUCUGUAAGGAUAUAAUAUGUGUGUAUAUGUAUUAUGUAUACAUAAAAUAUUAUAAAGAUGUGGGUAAGGUGGAGAACCAACCAACUGUGGGCGCACACGCACCGUGCGCGCGAAAUCUCUGCAUUCCAAAGAUUCUUCACAUGCAGUAUGCAGAUAUUUUUUAAUUCCCAAACUACGUGUAACGCGUGCAUAUCUCUUGUGUUGUUUUUUUGUAAUGACUGUCGGGGUUGUGCAAGUUAAGCCAGCUAGUCACCCGUGGAGGUCGUGGGUCAUCAUGAGUCAUAGAUAGGUCGAGUAACGGUUAAGUCUCUAGUGAGGUCUAUCCAUGACAAUAGACAACGGUUGCCGGACAGACGGAACGAAAUGGAAGCGAAUGCGGAUAGAAAGAUGUCGUAUUUAUUUUUCCGUUACCUGUCGUGAAUUUCCUCACGAUGGAUUGUUGGAAGGUAACACUUUAUCAUAACGAUGUGAUAAAAUUGAUCCGGUGAUUGAUGUAUGUACAUAGAUGUGUAAUGUGUGUAUAAUAGUGAGUAAAUAUGACACGUGCUCAGAUGGACAGUGUUUCGAUGUAUAGUCCUACUUAGCGAACAGAUUUGUUAUUGGCCAACGAUGUGUUACCGGUUUACUAUCAAUUAGCAAAAUCAAGGUGAUUUACAUAGUGUGAAUAUUAAUGUAUUUAUUGUGGUAGCAAUAAACGAUAGUAGUAUUGAUUCA